AUGGAGAAAACAACUGAUUACAUCUCGGCGGCAGCACAAGUAGUGGCCAUAUUCAUGGUGGCAGCGGCGCUCAUGUCCCCGCUCUGCAGCGCCGCUGCUCCAAGUCCUGCGGCGAUGGGGCUGCCGGGCUGCGAGACCCGCUGCGGCAACGUGAGCGUGCCGUACCCCUUCGGCAUAGGGCCGGCCAGGUUCUACCAUUCGCGGGGGUUCAAGCUCACCUGCGUCGACCACGGAAGCAGCAGCAAGAUCCCGAGGCUUCUGCUCGGCGACGGCGGCGUCAGCGCGUUCGAGGUGGUCGACAUCACGCUGGAGAACAACACGAUGCGCGUCAUCAGCCACGGACUGCACGCCAUAAACAUGAGCGGCGGCUCCGGGCGGUGGAGCCUCGGCGACCCCGAGACCGUUGGUGCCGGCGCGGCGCCGGCGUACUCGCUGAACCCGUGGUUGAACGAGUUCAUCCUCACGGGUUGCAAUGUGCAGGCGACGCUGGUGGGGAACGGGAGCCUCGUCAGCGGCUGCGCUUCUUUCUGCGCCGCCGAUGGCCAUGGCGAUGGCGCCAUCUAUGACCAGGCAACCUCCAACGUCCGCUCCCACAUCGGCUGCUGCCAGUCGUCCAUCCAAGCUGCCAGCACGUCCUACGGCGUGGAGCUCAAGCGGCUCGACGCCAACCUGCCCAAGGCCAGCGAUGUUGAUUUGCCCGUGAACGUGCUCAUCGCCGAGGUGGGCUGGUUCGACUUCGGCCAGACCCUGGACGACCUCAAAGGUCUCUCAAGGAAAGCUGAUCAGCUCAGGGUACCCGUGAUUCUCGGGUGGGGGCUGGCGCACGGCGCAAAAGCAAAAUUUCCCAACUCAAUCGAAUGCCCCGACCAUAUAGCCCGGAGCAUCUGCAAGAGCGACAACAGUUAUUGCACAGACGAAUCAAUGGGCAUCCCUUACCCUUUUGGAGUCGGAAGCUACUCGUGCCAGUGCAAGAAGGGCUACGAGAGCAACCCUUACCUCACCGGAGGAUGCCAACAUAUCAAAGAGCGCAGCUGCCCGGAAGGAACCCAUGUCGACAACUUCGUUCUCGGUGGCUGCGCCAAGUCCACGGACACAACCACAGACACAGGUAACUAUGGUUUAAUCAUUGGUUUCUCGGUUGCUAGCGGACCAUGCAUUCUACUUUUGGUUCUUGGUGUGUUUCUAAUCAGCCGAGAUCUUGAGCAACGCAAAACGAAAGCUUUGAGAGAGAAGUUCUUUGGUCAAAAUCGUGGACAACUGUUAAAGCAGUUGGUAUCUCACAGGGCAGACAUAGCAGAGAGGAUGCUCAUCUCUUUAGGAGAGCUGGAGAAGGCUACCAACAAUUUUGAUCAGGCUCGUAGACUUGGUGGUGGUGGGCAUGGCACUGUCUACAAAGGGAUCUUGUCGGACUUGCAUGUUGUGGCUAUCAAAAAGUCAAAUAUUGUUGUCAAGAGAGAAAUCGACGAGUUCAUAAAUGAGGUCGCCAUACUGUCACAGAUCAACCACAGAAAUAUUAUGAAGCUCCAUGGAUGUUGCCUCGAGACAGAAAUCCCUUUAUUGACUUACGAGUUCAUUUCCAAUGGAACACUCAGUGGCCAUCUUCACAAGGAAGAAGGAGAAUCAUUGCCUUGGAAAGAUAGGUUAAGGAUCACUGGGGAAAUAGAAAAAGCUCUAGCUUACCUUCACUCUGCUAUUUCUGUCCCUGUAAUACAUCGAGAUAUCAAGCCUUCCAACAUACUUCUUGACGAUGCCUUGACAGCAAAAAUAUCAGACUUCGGAGCUUCAAGGUACAUCCCAGUGGAUAAAACUGGAAUAACAACUGCGGUGCAAAAAACUAUUGGGUACUUGGACCCUAUGUAUUAUUAUACUGGACGUCUAACAGAAAAUAGUGAUGUAUAUAGCUUUGGGGUCCUUCUUGUCGAACUGCUUACUAGGAGGAAGCCAUCUUUGUACAGAUCUUCUGAAGGCGAUGGGCUUGUCAUGCAAUUUGUUACGCUACUUGCAGAAGGUAACUUGACCGAAAUAUUGGAUCCACAAAUAGUAGAGGAAGGAGGUAGCGAAGUCAGAGAAGUAGCUAUGCUAGCUGCGUCAUGCGUGAGACUGAAAGUAGAGGAGCGACCAACCAUGAGGCAAGUGGAGAUGGCGUUAGAAGCUCUCCAAUCACCCAAGGAGGGUGUUUGUGGUGAUUUGAUAGAAGGAUCUAACCAUAUGAAAUAUGCAGCAAUGGACAAUCCAUCAGCGAGCCAACAUGCAAAGCGAAGGGAAGCGACCCGGUGUUACAGCCUAGAAGAAGAGUUCCAGCUAUCCGCGAGACACCCUCGAUAG